AUGCAUGCUAUCACAAUUACAAGCGAGGAUGGCAAGUUCGGGAAGCCUGGGCAAGUCUAUUACCCACUCUCUCUCCGUUCGGUCCCAAUGCCAACUCCAAAAGGGACUGAACUGCUCAUCAAAAUCACCGCAGCCUCACUUAACCAUCGGGACCUCUUUAUACGAAAACACUUAUACCCAGGGACCUGUUUCGAAACGGUCCUACUAAGUGAUGGAGUUGGUAUUGUGGCUUCGACAGGACCGGAUGUGCCCCAUGCUCAAUCCUGGGUGAACAAGCGGGUUAUUCUGAACCCUGCCACCGGCUGGAAAGAUGCCCCCGAUGGGCCCGAGAGCGCCACUGGAUUCAGAAUCAUGGGAGGCACAAGCCUGUAUGACAAGGGAACCUUACAGGAAUACAUCACCCUGGACAUGAGUGAGGUCGAGGAGGCGCCGGAGCAUCUGUCUGAUGCUGAAGCGGCGGCUCUGCCGUUGACCGGGUUGACUGCUUGGAGAGCACUCGUGACCAAAGCUGGUGAAGCUAACUCCAGCACCGGAGCUGCCAUCUUGAUUACCGGUAUUGGUGGAGGUGUGGCGCUGAUGGCUUUGCGCUUUGCGGCGGCAAGGGGAGCGGAUGUAUAUGUCACAAGUUCUAGCGAGGAGAAGAUUAAGCAGGCUGUCGAGCUCGGAGCUCGUGGUGGAGUGAACUACAAAGAAACGGGAUGGGAAAAGAAGCUGAUGGGCAUGUUGCCAAAUGGGAAGGCUAAAUUCGACGCUAUUAUCGACGGUGCGGGCGGGGAGGUCGUUGAAAAGGGGGUGAAGUUGCUUAAGGACGGUGGAAUAAUCUCCAUUUAUGGCAUGACGGUUGGCCCAAAGAUGACAUGGUUAAUGCAAGCCGUGAUGAAAAACAUUGAUCUCCGGGGCACUACAAUGGGCUCUAGGAAGGAGUUCAAGGAGAUGGUGGACUUUGUCAAGGAGAAAAAAAUAAAGCCAGUCGUGUGGAAAGUUGUCCAGGGCAUUGACAACCUUGACGGUAUCAAUGGCUUGUUCGACGAUAUGCAAAAGGGCAAUCAGUUCGGCAAGUUGGUAAUCGAAUUUGGCGAUUCAACUGGAAGCAAACUGUGA